ACAACAACACAUCGCUGUCUUAACCUCUGCAUGCCUCAAAAUUCACUCACUUCGCUUUUAUAAUUCUCUUUCUCUCUUCUCUCUCUUUCUGCGUCCCUUUCUUCUUCUUCUUAUUCUCUCUCUCUGUCAAUUUCGGGGCUCCGUGCCCCGAACCCGAAAGCAGAGAAGGAAAAACCCACUUAUUUACUCCCAUUGGUUUGCCCUGCAUUUUCCUCCGCUUUCUCGAGAAAAGUUUCAGAAGAAAUGUACCCGGCUAUUCGGUCGUUACCGUUGGAUGGAAGUGGAGAUUAUCAGGGGUCGCUUGAUGACAACUUGCCUGGUGAUGCUUGCUUGGUCCUAACAACGGAUCCAAAGCCUCGACUCCGAUGGACAGCCAGGCUCCAUGAACGUUUCGUCGAUGCUGUUACUCAACUUGGUGGCCUGACAGUGAAAGCAACCCCUAAGACUAUUAUGAGAACAAUGGGAGUAAAAGGCCUUACGCUCUAUCACUUGAAAUCACACCUUCAGAAAUACCGGUUGGGGAAGCAAUCAUGCAAGGAAUCAACUGAUAACUCUAAGGAUGCUUCUUGUGUUGCAGAAAGUCAGGACACUGGUUCAUCUACAACAUCAACAUCGAGAAUGGUGGCGCAAGAUUUGAAUGAUGGUUACCAGGUUACUGAAGCUCUUCGAGUGCAGAUGGAAGUGCAACGGAGACUACAUGAACAGUUGGAGGUACAGCGACGUCUUCAACUUCGGAUUGAAGCACAAGGCAAAUACCUACAGUCAAUACUCGAGAAAGCCUGUAAAGCUCUGAAUGAUCAGGCUGCUGCUUCUGCUGGUCUUGAAGCUGCCAGAGAAGAGCUUUCUGAACUCGCUAUCAAGGUUUCCAACGAUUGUCAAGAGAUGAUCCCUCUUGAUAACAUAAAAUUGCCUUCCUUGUCUGAACUUGCUGCAGCUCUAGAGAACAAAACUGCUUCCAGUAUGCCGGCCCGAAUUGGUGACUGCUCUGUUGAAAGCUGCUUGACUUCAACUGGGAGCCCUGUUUCUCCGAUGGGUGUUGGUUCACAGGCUGCUAUUAUGAAGAAGAGGCCAAGGCCCUUGUUUGGUAAUGCAGACCCUUUGCCCUUGGAUGGCAACAUAAGGCAAGAAAUAGAGUGGGUGAUGCCUAAUAUUAGUUGAGUAGCAGGACCUUUCCAUCUUAGAAAUGGUACCUUCUCUCUUUUUAUUUUUUCCCCUUUUGUUUUUACUCCAUGUCUAGUUAUUAAUCUAAAUGUCUUUUUUCUUUUACCAACUGUACCAUCAGCGGUCUGUAUAUUCUAAAAGCAGAUCCUUUUGAAUAUGGGGUUACCUCUAAAACUUUGCAUUGC